UGCAGAAUGAAAUAUGCAUUUUCUUGAAGUAGUUUCCAAAACACGAGUGGAGAUGAUAGGCUUCUCUCCAGGAUGCUCCUCGAAAGUGGUGUAAAACUUUAAAACUCAUUUUAUUGCGCGCGUAUGAGGAGCGCACGUGGUUAUUGACAGCUGUAUUGGGACGGGAACCGGGGUAACGAUGAAUUCGGACAGAGGCGCACGGUGGUGGUGCUGUGGACCCUUCGCCUUGGUGAGGCUCCUGUCAAGGUGUGUAGGUGCGCACCCAGCCGCGGUGGCCUACGCGAUGACAUCUGUUGGCGCGAGCAUGAUGAACAGUAUAUUCAGCUUCUACUAUGUGAAGCUUUUCCUGAACAAGUAUGGCAUAUCAGAGGGAGACUUUCACCAAUCUCAAGUAGUCUACAUGAUCUGGAACGCGCUGAACGACCCCUUGUUUGGCUACCUGCAGGACAACUCUCGCGUGCCCUGCUGCUCCCGCCGACGCCUCUCCAUCCUGUAUGGCGCGCCCUUCUACUCCCUGGCCUUCCUGCUGGCCUGGUUCCCCUGGCGCGUCUACGAGUCAGGGGACUGGCUCUGCGGCCUGCACCUGAUGGUCACCCUGUGUGCCUUCGACGGCAUGCUGACCUUCGUCCUGCUGGCCCAGUGCGCCCUCUUUGCCGAGAUCUCGGGGCACCACCAGAACCGACUGCGGCUGAUCCAGUACAGCCAGAUGGCGUCGCUGCUGGGCUCGUCCAGUGUGCUGUUCUGCGGCCUGGUCUCGGAGAACAUGGAGGACUUUGGGGCGUUCCAGAGCUUCUGCAUGGUGGUGGCGGUGGUGGCCUGCUGCUGCAUGCUCUACACUGGCCUGAACAGCGAGAGCCGCUUCGACAGCAAGGAGCACGACAUCCCGUUGCGUGGGCCCUCCUCCCCCACGUCCUCAUCCUCAUCUUCGUCAUCAUCUUCCUCCCAGCCCCAGCUCUCCUUCUCCUCAGUGUUCACCAUGACGUGGCAGAUCCUCAACAACCAGGACUUCCAGCGCUUUGUCUUCAUGAACUUCUUCCAGGUCUUCAUGGUGGCCUUCUGCAACAACUUCACCAUGAUCUUCGUGGAGCACCUGAUCCCGCCGCACGUGCUGCCCUCGUGGGUCAAAAGCCUGAUGUACGGGGCCGGCUUCAUCUGUCCACAGAUCCUGGUGCUGAGUAGCCAGGGCCUGCUGCAGCAGUGUGGCUACUACCGCCUCAUCCUCAUGACCUUCCACGUGGUGGCGGCAGGGGCGGCCAUGAUGCUCCUGAUGGGCCGCACACACUACUACCUGCUGGCCUUCUUCCUCACCGGCAACAUGGUUUUAAUUCAGGCGACUUUCAGUCUUUUCAACUUGCCUUUGGCAGACAUCAUUGACUCGGACCUGCACGAAUACAAACGCAGCACUCCUCUGUCCUCAAUGGUUUUUGGGACCAACGCGUUGUUCACCAAACCGGCCCAGUCACUGGCUCCCAUGCUGGUUGUCUCUGUGUUGAACCAGUUUGGCUAUGAGCAAUUAAAAGACCCAACUCAUGGCCUGAACCCAAGUGCACUGCCGCCACUGCAUGACGCCAUGUUCUACCUGGUGUGCCUGGUGCCCCUGGCUGUCUCUGUGCUCCAGGUGAUGGCAUGGCGGCCGUUCUCAAUCAGAAACAGUCACACCACCGACUCCAAGUACAUCGAUGGCUGACCACCAGCCCAGAAAUCCCCCGCAAGGUCAUGUUCUAUAGCCGUGGUUCUUAACCUUUUGGGAACAAACAUCCCCUUGACCUCAUCACAAGCCUGCCUUAAAAAAUAGGAUGGACUUUCCCUCAUUUGAAAAUGAAAGCCCCCCCUCUUAGCUGUAUCCUUCUACGUGCCGCCUGGGGCUCCCCAACGCCUCCUGGGGGGCUGUUGAGCCCUCGUUGAGAAACGCUACUCUAUAACCUGAGUACAUACUGCAAACCAAAGAGCCUUGAUACCAAGAGGACUUACUUAUGACACAAAUGCGUACUAUGGCCUGAUCCACCAUGGAUGCCGUAUUUGUGAGAGGACUGAGCGCUUCCUCCACUGCCCACCGUCAGUUCUUCUUCUGUUGCCUUUAUUGCCUGUUCUCAGACUGUGAGCACUACCUACUUUCUUGCCUAUCUAGCAGGCUGAGGUGAUGUGCUACCUGCCUCAGCAACCUGCCACAAUUCGCCUGUUUCAUUGUGAUAUGAAACAAGUUCCACUUUGAAGCGAAGCAGCUAUACGAG